AUGUCGUCUAGUGGCACCAUAAGUAACUAUUAUGUCGAUUCUCUCAUAGGCCAUGAAAGCGAAGAAGUUUACGGGAGUAGAUUCGUCCAGGGAGGUCACAGUGCGACCUCCAGGCCAUCAGGUGUUGCAGAGAGUUCAGAUUUUUCCUCCUGUAGCUUUGCGCCAAAAUCCACCGUGUUCUCCACCUCCUGGUCCACGGUUCACCCUCAGCCGUCUGCGGCAAUGACCGGCAUCUACCACCCCUACAUGCACCAGCCCCACUUAGGGGCAGCCGACGCCGGCCGCUACGUGCGCUCCUGGAUCGAGCCCUUCCCGGGCUUCCCGGGCGGCGGCGGCGGCGGCGGCGGCGGCGGCGGCGGCAGCGGCGGCGGCGGCGGCGGCGGCAGCAGCGGCUCCGCGUCCAGCUCCGGCUCCUCCACUGGGCGCCACUACGGGAUAAAGCCGGAGACGGGAGCAGCCGCCUCCUCGUCUUCCUCCUCCUCCUCCUCCUCCUCCAAAAGGACUGAGUGCUCCUCGUCCCGGGAGUCCCAGGGGAUCGGUGUGCCCGAGUACACGUGCAGCUCCUUCCUCCAGGAGCCCCGGGAGAAGGCGGCUGCCAGCAGCUCCAAGGACCCCGCCGCCUGCAGCCACAACCCCAGCCCGAGCAGCGAUCUGAAGGAGGAGAAACAGCAGCAACUUGACCCAAAUAACCCUGCAGCAAACUGGAUCCACGCUCGUUCAACGAGGAAAAAGCGUUGUCCCUACACAAAGUAUCAAACUCUGGAACUGGAAAAGGAAUUUCUCUUUAACAUGUACCUCACCCGAGAUCGCCGUUACGAAGUAGCUAGGAUUUUAAAUCUCACAGAGAGACAGGUCAAAAUCUGGUUUCAGAACAGAAGAAUGAAAAUGAAAAAGAUGAACAAGGAGAAAGGCAAUAAAGGAGACUAACGCUGGGGUAGAAAUGCAGUUGGGGAAUAUUGCUUUAGUUUUGAGUUUGGGGCUUUGGGAGAUUUUUUUUUUUUUUAAUUUUUAAUUUCGGUUUGGUUGGGUUUUAUGCUUCCCCUGCCCCCCUCAGCCCCGCAUACGUUUCUCCUCCUCCUCUCGCGCCCCCCCCACCCCAGGAACUUUAAAUCAAUCUGGUCUUUUUUAGAUAGAAGUGAAACGUGGUCUAUGUCAGGUAUUUUGGGAAAUUUUGUCUUGCUCGCCAACGUGUUUUGCAGAGUCGCUUCAUCCCCCCCUCCUCCUUCCCAGACCGUUUGGUUGAUGAUGUUGUGAGUGCACGUUAGCUUUGGGAACUUUAUCUGAUGUUAAAUGUUUGACAUGUUUCUUAAAAGUGAUGUAGUCUAGGUAGUUACUUUGCCAAAAUAAAGGUAAGGAAAAUAACUAUAAUUAUGGUAACAAGAUAUAUAUUAAAUUACAGUCGCUUCAAUCAGUGGGGGUGUUGUGU